UUACGUGCUGUAAGAACCAUGAGCUCCCUGUUUGGAAUCCUCUGCCUCCUCUCGGCUCUUGUAGCAACAAGCUAUGCUCUUUCGUGUACAAAUUGUUUUUCUAAAGAAGCGACAUGUUCCGGUCCCAGCUUGACCUGUUCUUCAGGACAACAUUGUGGAACUACAUACACAGAAACCAUCGCUGCUGGAUUGAAGUCCAUAUCUUUGAUCAGAUCAUGCACACUUACAUCUCAAUGUGGCUUCCGGGGCACUGUGGGCAUACAACAUGGCAAUGUCAGGAUGGGCACUUCAUGCUGCAGCACUGACAACUGCACGCCUAGUCUUCCAUCACUGCCAAUAAGAAGCUCUUACACCAUCGGACUGGUCUGCCGAUCCUGCAUGUCCGCUGACUCCACCUGGUGUCACACUGCUGAUACUAUAGAAUGCACAGGGGAUGAGGAUAUGUGUCUUCUCCAGACAACUCGUGAGUCAGGAUCAGCGUCAGCUUCAUCAGCCAUCCGAGGGUGCGCGACAGAGUCUAUCUGUGACCUUGGAAGCCAGUCCGCAAGCGCUGGAGGAGUUAUAAGGGAUAUUACGUUUAUCUGCACCAGCGGUGGCCUAAGUGCCCAUACAACUGUUCUGGCUCCGGCCAUUGUGUGUCUUCUACUGCUGAAACUGUUCUUCUAACAAAGGAUAAAGAUCUUAGGAUGAAUGAGGCCAAGAGAAACAAAAAAUAUUUACAACACAGAAUAUUUUUAUAUUGGUUUAUUUAUUUAUUUAUUUAUUUAAACCUUGGCUGGAAAAUAUCCACAUCCACGAGUAACAUAAAAUUAUCUUCAGCAUCUAUGUUUUGGAAACCACUUACAUUAAUAUUUCAAGAAUUUUUUUAAUAAACAAAUAA